AGUAACAGCCAAUAGCAUGCUGUGGACUUGAGUUUAAAGGCAGUGUGUGUUUCGAGGUCAGUUUCAUGUGCAGGUCAUGAUGGAUCGAGCAGCUCUCCGGCUGAUUCUCUUGGGCGUCUUUCUCAUCUCAGCCACUUCAGAUCCUGUUAAGAGGAAACAAAAUGUGGAUAUAUACAGCUUCUACAUUAACUCCACAGUCACCAGUCGCUACGCCACAACAGUCAUCACAAGCCGUGUUGCGAACACACUGAAUGAAUCUCAAGAGAUCCAGUUUGAGGUCAAGAUUCCCAAGAAUGCCUUCAUCAGCAAAUUCAGAAUGACCAUAGAAGGAAAAACAUAUGAUGGGGUUGUGAAGGAAAAAGAGGAAGCUCAACAGCAAUACAAUCGAGCAGUAUCUCGAGGACAAAGUGCUGGACAGAUCAAAUCUGUUGGAAGGACUUUAGAGGACUUUAAAACUUCAGUGACAGUGGCUGCUUUUAGUAAAGUGACCUUUGAGUUGACCUACGAGGAACUGCUAAAGCGUCGCCUCGGCAAAUAUGAGCUACUCAUCAAUGCCCAACCGAUGCAGCCGGUGGCUGACUUCAAGAUGGAUGUACACAUCCAAGAGAAACCAGGAAUUUCCUCCUUGGAGGUGAAAGGAGAUUUGAGCACCGGUGAUCUGGCCAAUGCCAUCAAAACCACCAGAGCAGACAAAGACGCAUGGGUGACCUUCUAUCCCUCUCGAGAUCAACAGACCAAGUGUAAAAGCUGUGGAGAAAAUGGGCUGAAUGGAGACCUACUCAUAACAUACGAUGUGGAGAGACAAAAUCCCAAAGGAGAAGUCAUGAUAUCAAAUGGCUAUUUCGUCCACUACUUUGCACCCACUGAUGUUCCACGUAUUCCAAAAAAUGUGGUGUUUAUCAUUGACCAGAGUGGUUCUAUGCACGGCAGAAAAAUAGAACAGACUCGAUUGGCACUGCUAAGGAUUUUAAGUGAUCUUGAUGAGGAUGACCACUUUGGAUUGAUCACCUUUGACAGUGAAGUUAGCUUAUGGAAACGUGAGCUCCUUAGAGCUACUGAGGCAAAUCUGAAGAAUGCGAAAUCUUUCGUGAAGGAGAUCAAAGAUAGAGGAGCCACGGACAUAAACGCUGCAGUUCUAGCAGGAGUGGACAUGAUCAAUCGACAUCCACGAGAGGGAACAGCCUCCAUCCUGAUCCUGCUGACUGAUGGAGAUCCCACUUCAGGUGAAACCAACAAAGAGAAGAUAAUGGGCAAUGUGAAAAAGGCCAUUGGGACAAAAUUUCCCCUCUAUUGUCUUGGUUUUGGAUAUGAUGUUAACUUUGACUUCCUGACAAAGAUGUCACUGGAAAAUGGUGGAGUUGCUCGCAGGAUUUAUGAAGAUUCAGACGCUGAUCUACAGCUGCAGGGCUUCUAUGAAGAAGUUGCCGUCCCUCUCCUCUCUGAUAUUCAACUUAAAUACCCAGGAGGGACAAACCUUACCAAGACCAGCUUUAGCUUGUACUUCAAUGGCUCUGAGAUUGUGGUGUCAGGACAAAUAACAGACAACAGUGUGGAGAGUUUCACCACUGAAGUCAUCGCAGUAUCAAAAGGCACCAAUGUGACGUAUCAGGACACUAUAAUGACAAAAGACCCCAGUGAUGUUCCACCUGAGAAUGAAGAUUUUAUGCAGAGGUUGUGGGCCUACCUUACAGUGAAGCAGCUCCUGGAGAGACAGGUGAUUCUUAAAGGGCAAGAGACAGAGGACGAAAAGAAAGAAGCACUCAAACUCUCCCUGAAAUACCAGUUUGUCACUCCCCUCACCUCUAUGGUUGUUACGAAGCCACAAGAAGGUGACGUGGAAGUUGCUGACAAACCCAAAGAGGGAGAAGCACCACCCAGACCUCCAGUACCUGUACCUGUACCUCACGGUCCUUUUGCAUCACCAGGAUUUGGUAUGUUCCACCAUAGUGCAGGUCAGCCCGGUCCACCUGCACAUCCAAGUUUGCGUGUAUCAGGAUAUGGUGGCACUUAUCCAUGGCUCGGUGGUGGACGAUAUCACAAUAGUUAUCCUGAUGCAGGGAUAACACGUCAAAGACCCACACUUCCAAAGAUUGUAUCUGUUCCUGUUACUAUGCCAGCUCCAACAGUUCGUAGCAAUCGUUUCCUGCUGCCUGUUGUUGGUCAGUCUAAGCCACUCUGUUUUGACGUUCCUGUUCCUCACAAACUCAGACUCCUACAGGAUUCAGCUUCAGAGUUCUCUAUGAAUGGAGAAUCCAUGAUUGGACAAAAUGGAUUCCAUCAAAUUGCCUUUCAUUACAAAACAAACCAUCAUCUGACAAUAAACACAACGUCUAUCAGAUACCAUGACGGCCAGAAUCAAAUUGAGUUCUUGUGGGGCCAGGAACCGACUCAACACAAUACUGAGGGCGUGUCUCUGAUUCUACGGAGCAAUGAAAUAGACGUCACCAUGGGAAAUAUCCGUUUCAUUAUUCUUCUUCAUAAGGAAAAAAGGAACAUGUUUCUGUGGCCUGCUGUUCGGCAGCAGCCAAAAGAUGUCAGUUUGACAGGCAUUUUAGGAGAGCCUGAUAUUUCAUAUGAUGAGAUCCAAGGAACACAAACACCAACUUUAAAGUUAAAGGACCAGGAAGUGAAGACAUCUUGGGUUAUGGUGAAGGACUACAGACUUGCUUCUGCUCCUGUGGUUAAAUGUUGGCUUGUACCAUUCCAGGCUGUCACACAGAGGGAGAUCUCUGAUUUCACCGUCACUCAGCUGUAGAGUUCAGCAAAAAAUAUUUUUUAUUGUACUUUAUCUGGCUGACAUUUCCAAUAAAAUAACACAUUCUUUAAAUGGACAUUGUUGAUGAGCUAUAAAACAUUCAUCUAUUGGCAAAUAGUAGGGGUAUGACCAAGUUAUUUUCAGUCUAUGCACCACAUCUUUAGCAUGCUUUGAUAACCACACUGUAAAAUAAAUUCUGUAAAAUGUAUGGUAAAAAACGUUUUAGGUUUUAUGAUUUUAACUUAAGUUUACAUUUAAAUACCGUAAUUUCAUUAACUGAUAUAAUGCUAAUAUACCAACCUAUUGAAGUACUACAAUCUGUUUUGUACCUUUGUAAUACACUGAUAACCACCAAAAGCAGGUGGUGAUGAGAAAGUCACAUGAUGAACCAAAGCCCAUCACAAGCAGCUUUUAAAUAUUAACAUAUAUAGAAGGUGCACAGUGUCAUUUACACAAACACUAAACACCAUCAUGGUAACACACAUGAAACUGAAAUAAUGCAGUAAACAUUAAUUUAAUAACACAAGAUGUAACAUGCAACCCUAAUAUACACAACUGAUAAACAAAACAAAGAAAAAACAUCAAAUUUGAAAUGUAACACAGGGAAUUCUGGGAAUUCACAAAUCGGUUAUUCACUGUACAUUAUACAUUCUUUUUCACUUCCAAAAAUUACUACCGUAAAAUUACAUGAAAUGUCCAGUACAGUGUUUCACUGUAUAUAGUAGGGGAACUUACCGUUAACCAUUUAACAGGUUUUUACUGUAGCAUUUUUACAGUCUUUUACCGUUAAAUUCACAGU